UGGAGAAUAUAGCAAGCAUGUGGUUCGAUAGCUUCAUUAUUGGAUUUAUGAAUUAGAAUUUAUUUUUGACCCUUGCUUCUAAAUUCUGCCUAGCUUAUUUGGGGGACUAAAAUCCAAAAUACAGCUCACAGGAGUGGCUGAAUAUGUAAAUGUGACCAGUGGUUAUGCUCUGUGAUUGCUAAGGCAGAGCUCUCUCUGAAGGUUAAAAGGUCUAGGAGUGUCUGUUUAGCCCAGAUAUCCAAAAUGCUUCAUCAUCUCUUCACACUGCCAUCAGUUUUCAUUGGUAAGGUGCAAUAAUUAAGUAUCUGGCAGCAAAAGUGAUGAUCUUUGCCUGGAAGAUCAGCUGAGAGCACAGGUUGGUGUGGGACCAGAAGCACCUGGCAAGGCUGGUUUCAAAGAGCCAAAGUGCUGGGCCUGCCAGGACAGCAGCAAAGCCUGAAAGGCAUUCAUGGAAGUGGAGACUGGAAAAAAUGAAAUGCGGGUUCUUCUGUUCUUUGCACUGGAGUGGAGGCCGAUGGCUCCGUGGAAAAGACAGGACCUGGCAGAGGUGUUCAGCAGCACAACCCCGUGCACGCCGAUGCAGUCACUUCUGUGGCUGCUCUCAAAGCAGACCUGUGUGUGUCAGGAGGAAAGGAUAAGAGCGUGGCUGUUUGUAACUGGAAAUCUGGAGCUGUGCUGAGGCGGUUCGUUGGCCAUGAGCAUGAAGUCACCAAGGUCACCUGUGACUCAAAUAGAAUCUUCAGUGCAUCCCGGGACAAGACAGUAAUGAUGUGGGAGCUUCACGGGACUUCAGGGCCAAGCCAGCACUUCCCAGGACAUGACCUGGUUGUUACUGGACUGGCUGUGAGCCCAGAUGCCACUCAGCUGUGCACAGGCUCGCGAGACAACACUGUCUGCAAGUGGGACGUAGAGACCGGAGGGUGUUUGGGCAGAGCUGCUGUCUCCAGGAACCUGGUAACACAUCUGUGCUGGGUUCCUGGGGAGCCCUACGUCAUCCAGACGUCAGAGGAUAAAACUGUCAAGAUGUGGGACAGCCGGGAGCUGCGGGUGGCACAGACGUUUCCAGGCAAGCAGCACAUCCAGACGUGCUGCGACGUGAGCCAGGACGGGCGGUAUGUCCUCAGCAGCAGCAGCGGCUUCGCUGGGGAGGGCUGCGAAGCAACCCUGUGGGACCUGCGGCAGACGAGGAGCCGAGUGCGUGAGUACAAAGGGCAUUUCCAGACCACAACCUCCUGUGUCUUCCUUCCACGGGGCCCUGCUCUUGCCCCCAGCAUUGCCACAUCCUCGUACGACAGCAAAGUGAAGGUCUGGGACCAAGACACUGCAGCCUGCCUGGCCACUGCAUGCCUCGAGGGAGCAGGACCACUGGCCUCGCUGGCCGUCUGCGACAGCUCCACGCUGCUCUGCGCCACUUUUAACUCAGGGAUCCACUUACUGCAGAUGAGAAACGGUGCCAACCUGGAGCUGGAGGAGCUGGCAAUACUCUGACCAUAAGAACCUUUCCAGCAGAGACUGCCCCACAGGCAGCCAGUUCGCUGUCAGCUGCCCCUGACUGCAGGCACAAGACAACGCCGCACCUGCAGAGCGGUGAUGCAGCUCAGGGGCAGCACAGGGGCUGUACUGCUUAUAGCUUGUAGGUGGUGGGAAGCAAUUAGAGCUGUCUAGAAGAAAAGCCAAAUCAUAGCUGCAUUCGGGCCAAGUUCUCACUCCUGUAAGAGCACUGUUUGAUUUGCAAAACCUCCACGCAGACAUGAAGUGGGCUAGCAGAAGAGGACCAAGGAGCUAUGAGAAAGCACGUACCAUCCCUGCGGUGGUUCUCAGGUCUCAUCACAGCACUGCUGCCCUACAGCAGGAAAGCUGGUUUUAGUGGGAGGAAAAAAGAGCAACCACCUUGGACUUUAUCAGACAGUGUGAGAAGAAAUCAGGGAUCUCCGUCUCCUUCCCUGGACAAGAUUCAAAUCAGCAUCGCUGUUCUGUUUCCCUGAGCCAGCUCAUGGCAGUGCCUCCAGAGGGCUCCAGGAGCUGAAUAAUCGGUGUAUUUACAUUGCUGUGAUGCAGCAGGCUCUCAGGACACAUCUGGCUCCCAUCUGUGGAGCAGAUGGUUCACAUCUGGGCAGAUUGGUCUCUGGCUAAGCCAACAGGCAGCACUGCAGGGUGCCAGGGCAUCAAGCAGGGAAGAUGUCGUCCUUCUCCUUGCUCCAGCUCAUUGUCCUGUUUAGUGAAGCCAAACACCAUGUGACAGAAAUCUUGCACUGGGAUUUACACCCCUGGGACAAUGUGUGUGUGUGUAAAUGCAAAAUGUUCAUGGGUGUCCAAAAUUUCAUCUAAAGCCAGCUAGAACCAUGCUGCUGCCUCCAGGGGGAGCAGGCUGGCUAAGUGCUGGGCAAGGGCUGCCCCAUGAACGGCAACCCGAUGAGGUACGCCCUUGGGGAGCUUCUCCUUAAGGACAGGGAGAUCCCUGGCUCUGCAGCUGGAAGCUUGUGCUUCUGAGCUCGGACAGUCCCUUUAGCAGACCCUUCAAGAGGUGCUUGGACACACAUAGCUGGGUAUCUAGGCUUACACAAGAGAUUUCAAUUAAAUAUUUUUCUGUGCUAUUUCCUGGCCUCCAGCCUGUUAACAUGUUUCCUAGGAGCAAACGAGAGCAUCCAGCACAUCGCAGGUGCCACCAUAUUGCUAGGAGGAGGAGCAGGCACACAGCUCUGCUGGAAAAGUAACCCAUGAGUAGUUUGCUGUUGUUGAAGCAGCAUGGUCCCACGUACACUGCCCACGUUGGAAACAAUGCUGUCUGCUUUCCCAGGGAACACGGACAGCACCAGCUGGCAAGAGGGGAGAUGAAUGUCUUCUCUUUUCCCCUGAAGCUUUUUUCCAUUUCUUAGUCAGACACAGAGGUCAGGGUGCACAUAGAAAUUAUGUUUUGAUUUUCCAGACCACAUUUGUAAAACUUCAGUUUAAGGAACAAACAACAAAUAGGACGUUUCUUCACAGUGUAAGUUAGAACAAGAAAUCCUGCACUAAGUAGCCUUCUUUGUAUCACACGUAGUGAGACACAGAAAAAACUUCAGCAGGAGAUAACAUCCAUGGAUUUGAAA